UCCUAGGUUGAAGACCAGUGGAAAGGUGAUAUCAAACAGAAAAACAGCCUCAAAUACCUCAACCAGGAAGCAAUCAAAGUUGGCUCAGCCCAUAACAUUUACACAACAGUUAGAGGAAAUAACAUUGAUGUAUGGCACGCUGAGAUAAAAGCUAAAUUGCUCACUGGAAUAUACACAAUGCAGUCGAAUAGAGCUGUCUUCAACCAACAUGCUGUUGAUCCAACCUGUAAAAUCUGUAAGGCAGAACCAGAGACCAGGAAACAUUUUAUCAAACAAAAAUUGUCAAAGAUGAAGACUUGACGGCCAGGUUUCUACCAGACAGAGAGAUGUUCCACGGUGCCCACCUACGGAUGAGAAGGGGGAAUCAACCCUCGACCUUCCAUUCUUUUUUUGGAUCGGUAUACACCGGCAAUAAGCAACCAUUCCGUAGAGGGAUCAUGUUUGUCUUUAUAGCCGGUGUUCUUAUACUUGUAGGAGGCAUUCUUACAUGGCUGGGAUAUAGCAAUGUAUUUGGAAACAGUCGGAUCUCCACCAUGGGACCUCUGCUGAUCGCACUGGCUCUGCUUAUGUUCCUGAUUGCUAUUCGACAGUUUCUUCUUGCUAAAAAGCAGACUCUGCAUAACAGGGGACGACUGGAGCAAUUAGCUGGUGGAACUGUAGCAGCCGUGGUCAUCAACAGCGAUGAAAUGGAUGAUACAGUUACAGUAAUAAUGGACACACUGAACGACUCGCCAGAGGUCUGUAGACCCCAUGGAGAAAGCCAGCCCCCCUCCUACCAGGAGGCCACAGAUACACCUGUGAUUCUUUUGGCCCCUUCGGCACCCGACUAUCACUCGGACCCACCCCCUUCCUAUGAAGAGGCCAUAACAGACUCAGUGCCAGGAAUUGGAGGUUCAGUGCCAGUUAUCAAAUGAGGCAUUCUCGGAGCAGCUGGAAUAAUCUAUCACCUGGUACUUUAUCAACAGAGAGGAGUAAACAUAAAUUAUUCACUGGUUUAAGGUCAUUACUCUUGCAAACCUGGCAUGCUAUUUCUCAAAAUUAAAACCUUCCUUUUUUUUUAGGUGCAUUUUUCCAUGAGAUAUUGUAUGUCCCCGCAUUUUCCUCGACUAACCAGAACAAAUGUGAAAUUUUAUUUAUUUUCUCAAUAUUGAACAAAUUCUUUACAUGCGCGAUACUAUCGUCUCUACUUUUGACAGUGAUGUCAUGAAAAGUAUUAUCAUUCAAACUUUACAUAGUAGUGAACUGUUAGCAUAUCAAUAAAAAAAACAUAUCUGAAAAUUAGACAGCACAUGUAUUUAAUCCAAUUAUAUACUAAUUUGGAAAUAUAAUUUUGAAGAACAAUGACCAAAACCUUAUCCUUAUGAGACUGAAGUCUUUUUUUUGAGCAUUACACUUUUUUAUUUUUUGACAAAUAUUCUCUAGUCUAGUAAGUUUUCAUUCAAUCUAAAAGUUUGAAACUUAUAUUAAUUAAUAACCAUCAUCUGUAUACAUGGAUAUCAAGUAUGCCGUUCCAGUUUUCAAUGGAAGUGUAAAAAUCUUUAUAAGAGAGAAUGCAAUGAAAAGUAUUUGUUAUCAAUAUUGAAUAUGAAACGAGAUUUCAGCUUCUGAUAAUUACUAGUAUAUUUUCGGCCCCAGUUUCAUCUGCUGGAAAUCUUUGAGUUUUUUUGUAGAUUUCAUAACUAAGGAUUUUCCUUAACUCCAGUAACGAUUUUCUAUGGAAACAAUUUAUUUUUGAAUUUAGGAACAUUUGUGAAAUUGGCGGCUAGUGGCAUGAAGUUAUAAGUGUUAUUGAUAUAUAAUUUAAUUUAGGAUUUUACUUCUGGUACUGUCAGCUAAAUAUUACAUUCAGUAAUUUAUAUCAAAUAGAUAAUGUGUUAUUGUUUAGGCAAGUCUGUCUGAACAGUAAAAAAAAAGAUGUUUGAGUAUCAGUUUCUGAAUACCUGUGUAAUGUGCUUGUGUAAUGGACCAGUUUAACAGUUUAACAUUCACCGGUUGUUAAUGUGUGCCUAACUUCUCUGUGAUGGAAUUCCAUUCAUUUCCACAUGUUUAUUUAUUUUCUGUGUUGUCCUUAUUUAUUUAAACCACUUGUUAUUGUUUGAUGUAUUUGAGCAAUCAUUGAUUUUAACAUAUACCAUGAACCAUGCUCCUGUUGGUUGUUUUUAAACAUUUCUAUAACUGCCUUUGUGUAUAUAAAUACAGUAAACAUACAUAUUUCAGUGGACUCCAAUUUUAGCAUAUUAUCAAAUUUUAACAAGUUAUGGUAUCGAGGAAUUAGGGCACUCACAAUUUAUGCAAUAGAAAAUUAUGUACAGAAAAAAAUCUGAUCAAUGCAAUCAUAUUAUACCGGGGUAAAGCAAUAAUAAAAGCAUCAACUGUGCUAAGAUUAGAAUGCGCUUAAAUAUGUACGUUAAAAGUAUAAAGCCCGUCCAUCCCUGGUUUUCUCUCCUCUUUAAUUAAAGUGUUUUUUUUCUUAUGAUGUUUCCUCUUACAUAAACAAAUUUUACAUUUUUUUUCCACCAAUUUUACAAUUGCAUUCAAUACAUUCAGGGAUCUUCAAUGAUAAAAUGAACCUAUUUAAUUUCAUUGUGUAUUAUUGCCUUUGUGCAAAACUAUGCUGUCUAUUGAUUUGAUGUGUGUAUUAGCUAGUUUGUAGAGACACUAGCUAGCUAUAUAAACACUAGCUCAUUACAGGUACACUAGCUCAUAACAGGUACACUAGCUCAUUACAGAUACUAGCUCAUUACAGGUAAACUAGCUCAUUACAGGUACACUAGCUCAUUACAGGUACACUAGCUCAUUACAUGUACACUAGCUCAUUACAGGUACACUAGCUCAUUACAGGUACACUAUAGCUCAUUACAGGUACACUAGCUCAUUACAGGUACUAGCUCAUUACAGGUACACUAGCUCAUUACAUGUACACUAGCUCAUCACAGGUACACUAGCUCAUUACAGGUACUCGCUCAUUACAGGUACACUAGCUCAUAACAGGUACACUAGCUCAUUACAGGUACACUAGCUCAUUACAGGUACACCAGUUCAUUACAGGUACACUAUAGCUCAUUACAGGUACACUAGCUACUUGGACUUCUUAUAUUAUAGAGCCCAAAAUUGUAAAGACAUUAUCUAGUAGCAAGUUGAAGUUACAUCAACUAGUUGUAAAGGCACUAGUUAGUUGUAGCUACAUUGACUAGUUGUAAAGGCAAUAGUUAGUUGUAGUUACAUCAACUAGUUUUAAAGGCAUUAGUUAGUUGUAGCUACAUUGACUAGUUUUAAAGGAUCUAGUUAGUUGUAGCUACAUUGACUAGUUGUAAAGGCACUAGUAAGUUGUAGCUACAUUGACUAGUUGUAAAGGCAAUAGUAAGUUGUAGUUACAUCAACUAGUUUUAAAGGCACUAGUUAGUUGUAGCUACAUUGACUAGUUGUAAAGGCACUAGUUAGUUGUAGCUAUAUUGACUAGUUGUAAAGGCAAUAGUUAGUUGUAGUUACGUCAGCUAGUUUUAAAGGCACUAGUUAGUUGUAGCUACAUUGACUAGUUUAAAAGGAACUAGUUAGUUGUAGCUACAUUGACUAGUUGUAAAGGCACUAGUUAGUUGUAGUUACAUCGACUAGUUAUAAAGGCACUAGUUAGUUGAAGCUACAUUGACUAGUUGUAAAGGCACUUGUUAGUUGUAGCUACAUUGACUAGUUUUAAAGGAACUAGUUAGUUGUAGAUACAUUGACUAGUUGUAAAGGCACUUGUUAGUUGUAGCUACAUUGACUAGUUUGAAAGGAACUAGUUAGUUGUAGCUACAUCGACUAGUUGUAAAGGCACUAGUUAGUUAUAGCUACAUUGACUAGUUGUAAAUGCACUAGUUAGUUGUAGCUACAUUGUCUAGUUGUAAAGGCACUAGUUAGUUAUAGCUACAUUGACUAGUUGUAAAGGCACUAGUUAGUUGUAGUUACAACAACUAGUUAUAAAGGCACUAGUUAGUUGUAGCUACAUUGACUAGUUGUAAAGGCACUAGUUAGUUGUAGUUACAACAACUAGUUAUAAAGGCACUAGUUAGUUGAAGCUACAUUGACUAGUUGUAAAGGAACUAGUUAGUUGUAGUUACAUUGACUAGCUGUAAAGGCACUAGUUAGAUGUAGUUACAUCAACUAGUUUUAAAGGCACUAGUUAGUUGUAGCUACAAUGACUAGUUUUAAAGGCACUAGUUAGUUGUAGCUACAUCAACUGGUUUUAAAGGCACUAGUUAGUUGUAGCUACAAUGAUUAGUUUUAAAGGCACUAGUUAGUUGUAGUUACAUCAACUAGUUUUAAAGGAACUAGUUAGUUGUAGCUACAUUGACUAGUGGUAAAGGCACUAGUUAGUUGUAGCUACAUCAACUGGUUUUAAAGGCACUAGUUAGUUGUAGCUACAUUGACUAGUUUUAAAGGAUCUAGUUAGUUGUAGCUACAUUGACUAGUUUUAAAGGAUCUAGUUAGUUGUAGCUACAUUGACUAGUUUAAAAGGAACUAGUGAGUUGUAGCUACAUUGACUAGUUGUAAAGGCACUAGUUAGUUGGAGUGAGAUUGACUACCGGGUAGUUGUAAAUAUACUAGUUGCAAUUGGUUGUAGCUACAUUGACUAGUUGUGGAGACAAAGCUUCUAAAUGCAUCACUAAAUGUAGAUCUAGACAUACUGAUUAGUUGUACAAUAAUAAGUUGUAGCUAGAACGAAUUGUUGUAGAGAAACAGCUAGAUACAUUAGCUAGGUGUAAACACACUGGCUAAAAGCAAGUUGUAGUUACAUUAGCUAGGUGUAAACACACUGGCUAAAAGCAAGUUGUAGCUACAUUAGCUAGGUGUAAACACACUGGCUAAAUACAAGUUGUAGCUACACUAGCUAGUUGUAA